AGUCGCACGGAACAGAACUCGAAAAUAAAUCUAAAUAUAUUUAAAACAAAUAAAAUCGUGAUGCCCGUCAACGAAACCCCGCUCCCCGCCGCUGCACCGGCCACGCGCAUGUCCGCCAGUGGAGCUGGACCUGGACCUGGAGCUGCAGCUGCAUCUGUGGGCGGCGGUGCAGCUGGCGAUGGCGCAGACUUUGCCAGACUGAACGCUGUUGGCGCCCAAGGGUCCGAUCAAUCGAUGGACGAUGUACCUCCACCGUUUGCCAGCUGCAGCCGGCCUCGACCCGAUCCCAAUUCGCUGCCAGUGCGCCAGUACCUGGACCAGACCGUGGGUCCCAUUCUGCUGCACGGAAUGCAUGCUUUGGCCCGGGAUAGGCCCUCGGAUCCGGUCAGCUAUUUGGCCACGUAUUUGCUGAAGAAUAAGAACCGCUGCGAUGAGCUGAACGCCGAGUCGGCGUAGACACUAAGCAACACCAAUUUAAGCUCCCAAAUUUCGCACAUUCUAGUCCAACACUUUGAGCGUUCAUUCAGCGAGCACACUUACACCUAACCCAAGUACAAAUGCACAUGAAACCAAGUCGCCGGCUGGACUUUAAUCGAAUCUACACUUAGUACAAUGCAAUACACGCACACUAGGUCUCUCGACACUCCGCACCAUCGCAGCACACUGAAUUACACAUGCAAAAAUCAGAAAAGGGGGAUGCAGAUACCAUCCACAAGUUGCAAUUAACAUUUGUCCAACUCUGUUAUUCGCCGAUUUUAUAGAUCAUUGACUCUGGUACACAAUUUAUCGCCGUUUAAAUAUACUUAUUAAACACUCACCAGA